GGGACAGUGGUACAAGCAAGGCCACGCAACGACCCAGCUGGUUUUAGAAAUGGCGGCGACCGAGUCGAGUUUAAGCCCGAGUUCAAUAGCAAUGGCAGAUACUGUUGUACCUGCCUGUAUGUUUGCCCCAGACCGGGGAAGCGACGAUGAUGCAACUGGAGGGGACUGCUAUGAGGACGGGGAAGCUCACAAUGGCGAGUCCGAGGAUCAUUUAGACCUCACUAGCAAGAUGGCUCUGGUCAGUCCAACAGGAGAACAGUAUGAUGUGUUAUUUCGACAACUCAGGGAGAGGAUGGACGAGGGUUGUGGGGAGACCAUCUACGUGGUGGGAAUGGGCUCAGACGGUGGGGACUACGGGCUGAACGAGCAGGACAUGGAGGCGUCGGUGGCCACGGUGCAGUCGCUGUGCGAGACGGUGGAGGCCGACCUCAUCCUGCUGAGAGAGCGGGCGGAGACGGCGGGCAGCGUGCGCGACUACCUCAUUCGCCGCCGCGUCGGGGACACCGACUUCCUGGAGGUCAGAGUGGCCGUGGUGGGGAACGUGGACGCUGGUAAGAGUACGUUACUGGGCGUGCUCACCCACGGGGAGCUGGACAACGGCCGCGGCUUCGCCCGCCAGAAACUCUUCCGCCACAAACACGAGAUGGAGAGCGGCCGCACGAGCAGCGUUGGCAACGACAUCCUGGGCUUCGACCAACACGGACAGGUGGUGAACAAACCAGACAGCCAUGGCGGCAGCCUGGACUGGACCAAGAUCUGCGAGCGCUCCUCCAAGGUCAUCACCUUCAUCGACCUGGCGGGUCACGAGAAGUACCUCAAGACCACCGUGUUCGGCAUGACUGGACACCUGCCGGACUUCUGCAUGCUCAUGGUUGGCAGUAAUGCAGGGAUUGUGGGAAUGACAAAAGAGCAUCUUGGCCUCGCGUUGGCAUUAAAUGUUCCCGUGUUUGUUGUAGUCACGAAAAUCGACAUGUGUCCAGCCAAUAUUUUACAAGAAACGCUGAAACUACUGCAGAGGUUACUCAAAUCUCCGGGCUGCAGGAAAAUCCCUGUCUUGGUGCAGAACAAAGAUGACGUUAUAGUCACCGCCUCCAACUUCAGCUCGGAGAGAAUGUGCCCGAUCUUUCAGAUCUCCAACGUGACUGGCGAGAACAUGGACCUGCUGAAGAUGUUCCUCAACCUGCUGUCGUCCAGAACCACGUACCGCGACGACGAGCCAGCUGAGUUCCAGAUCGAUGAUACAUACUCAGUACCGGGUGUGGGCACGGUGGUGUCGGGCACCACGUUACGCGGCCUCAUCCGCCUCAACGACACCCUGCUGCUGGGGCCGGACCCGCUGGGCGCCUUCAUCUCCAUCGCCGUCAAGUCCAUCCACCGCAAGCGCAUGCCCGUCAAGGAGGUGCGCGGCGGCCAGACGGCCUCCUUCGCCCUCAAGAAGAUCAAGCGCUCGUCCAUACGCAAGGGCAUGGUCAUGGUGUCGCCCCGGCUCAGCCCGCAGGCCUGCUGGGAGUUCGAGGCCGAGAUCCUGGUGCUGCACCACCCCACCACCAUCUCGCCGCGCUACCAGGCCAUGGUGCACUGUGGCAGCAUCAGGCAAACGGCCACCAUCCUGACCAUGAACAGGGACUGCCUGCGCACGGGGGACAAGGCCCUGGUCCACUUCCGCUUCAUCAAGACCCCCGAGUACCUGCACUGCGACCAGAGGCUGGUCUUCCGGGAGGGCCGCACCAAGGCCGUGGGCACCAUCUCCAAGUUAUUACAGUCGCCCAACAACCUGCCCUCCCACUCCAAACCGCAGCAAAUGAAAAUGCAGUCCAGCAAGAAGACGUCGCCGCGUGGAGACGGAACAACGCCACCCAACGAGGAACCAGGGUUAUUAGAGGGCAAUGCACAGCCAAAGCAGGGUGGUGGUGGGCGGCGGCGAGGAGGCCAGAGGCACCGCGGUAAAGGCCUCACCAGCCUCUUGGUGCCCCCUGCUGCCGGAACAGGAAGCAGCUAAGCAGCCUCGUCAUCACAUCCACCCCCCUCCUCCGUAACUGACGGCUCCGGUUCUCCCCCCCCCCCUCCAGCCAGAGACCUCCCGCUGUUUUGUUUCUGGGCACCAGGGAUAUUUCAUCAUUUCAGUUUUUUUUUUGCCAUUCAACGGGGAGCCCUUUUGCUCUCCAACCAGCCAGUAGAGGACUAUUCUCAGACAGUAAUCUCUGUUCUUACCUUCCCCCCCCCCCCUCCCUUUUCGCUCUUCAUUUUGUUUUUCAAAUGUGUUGCCAUUCUCAAAGCCGUUUCGCUGACCCAUAACUAUUGUACUUAACAACCCAUUCUGCCCCCCCACCCCGCCCUUUUGUAGUUUUAUAUUGUCCUCCUGCAACCUGCUCUGGCCUCCCUUUUGUAGUUUUUCAUGGCUCUCCAGCAUGUGGCCAUGUUCCCCACCGACCCAAUCAGAGUGCCCCCCGGCCAAGUCCUCGUUUGCAUUGGACUCCUCGUUUAUUUUUCACCGGUCAGUUUUGCCAGCAGGUCCCAUCGAUAUGGAAUACGAGAGCGAGGGAUUUUUUGUUGUUUGUUGUUGUUGUUGUUGUUGUUUGAAUGUUGGCCAUACCUUGUCUCUGAAAACCAGCCUUUUGUUGGGAAUCGAUGGUGUUUUUGUUUUUAAGGCGCGUGGCCUCUUGCCGUGUACCGUUUCAUCCCCAUGGAAGAGGUUCAGCGUGCCAUGGGCCUCAUUAGAGUCCAACAUUUGUUUUGUUGUUGUCCUUACCCCAGCAUUAAACAAUUAUGUAGCCAAAAAUUAGGAUGUUGACUGAGAACUGUUGUAAGCCACUGUAAAAGGAUAGGCUCACAGGUCUGAUGUAGCUGGUAGAUGAUACAUUUACACAGUACGGUGUUCUUCACUUUGCAGUUUGAAGCUGAGUAUUGAUGAAGAUUGACUAUUUUAUUUCAUAGAUUAAUACCUGCAGAGAUUUUUUCAAUUUAUUACCAAAUCAGGACCUGCUUUUGGUGAGUGGGAACACUCUCUUUUUUUUCAGGGAAAAAAUGGAUUGAUGUGUCUUUUGUAAGUCUUUAUGAAGAGAUUUCAAGGUUCGGUUUAAAAAUCAAGGUCAACAUGGUACGCCUAAGCCUUGGAUCCCCCCCUGUUUUUCCCAGUAUUCGGAUAUUCAGUUCAACGCUUGGAUCUACCGUUUUUUUUUUUCUAUGAGCAAUGACAUUGAGAAUGAGUUUUUGCAUUGAAACUUGUUCAGUGGUGUGUUUGUGACUUACACAGUUCUGCUCUUUGCCAAGACCAGUAAUAUUGUGCCCAACAUGCCCGUUUCUCUUGCACCGAUCCAAUUGCUUCAAGGUCUAAAUUCCCCAUGGUGAGGAAACCAGGUUAAAAAGAGUGGAUUGUUUAGACAAUAGCGAGGUUAAGGAGUGUUUUUAGGUUCUGCCGGUUCUGUCCCCUGUAUGGAACGGAUGGCAGGGGAGAUACAGGGAAAUACAAUCUUAAGUUUUUUAGAAGUGAUGCUGUACUUUUUAUUGUGUUUUUUGUUUCGGAAUGGGAAGAAAUGAAAGAAAUGAACUUUUAUUUUAUGAGGCAAUUUAUAUGAAUAUUUUCGUAAGGCAGGCAAGACUGGGACUAUAAAAUUCCCCUUCCACCCCUAUCCAAGGCUUACACCGGAAUGUGUUGAUGAGGGUUUUGAGUUCAAUGGCUUCUUAUAUUUGACAAGCUUUCAUACAUACUUCAGUUGUCAGUUUCCAUUGACAGACAGGUCUUUGAGCAAGACGUGCACAUUGGUUUCCCAUGUAGAUGUACUGCAUUACCGGGUGGUUGGUGGUUGGUCAAGAAAGUGGCACAGAUGAAGAAAGCUUUACCGGUUAGAAAGAAAGUAUUGCGUAUGAACGAGGCAGCUCAAGAUGGUAGUAUUCAGAGGAUGCAUAUCUGGCCCCUAAGUUUUCUGAUUAGCCCAAAGACCUGGUAGCAUUAUUCCAGAAAUGUGUGUGUGUGUGUGUCGCCCACUUGAACCUAAAGCACCAGCUUAAUAAGCUAAACAGGCUUGGGGGGGCUUAUGGAUUGUAGCUUGCAGCUUAAUCGUCCAAGAGUUGAAGCGAUUUCUUGCCAGGUUUAAAUUUUUGUUUUAUUCUCAUUAUGGUCAUCAGGAUGUGCCAGACAUUUGUGUUGGUUUGGAUUUUUUUUUGGAAGGUAUUUUUUUUUUAAUCAUUGGUUUUUAUUGCGGGAAACCAAAAGGCAGGAUAAAUUCCCCCCUGUUUUUAAGUUUUUACUGCAUGGAUUAGUUUUGAAGAAAUGUUCAUUGUAUGUAUGUACAAAAAACGGCAAAAAAGAAUGCUAUUUAACAUUGGCAACAAAAGGUUUGUGUUGUACAUGCUUUUAAUUAAAAAAAAAAAUGUUAUU